AUGUGUCGAUCAUAUGGUGAUCAAUUUGAAAUCUUACUUAAAGAUAAACAUGAUAUAUCCUCGUAUUUAAAACAACAACUUGAAUUACGUAAUGAACAAGUAUUUGAUUUAAAUCAUCGUUUAAUUGAUUUACAACAAAUGAAAGAAAAUGAGAAAGAUUUAUUUGAAAAAACUUUACAAAAUUUUAAAGAAAAUUCUCAAACAGAAAUUGAAAAACUUGAAAAUGAAAAUAUGUUAUUUAAAACACGUUUAGUUGCAUUAGAAGAAUUUAAAUAUCAACGUCAAACAAUGGAAACAACAAUUGAUGAAUUAAAAGAUUUAAUUAAAAAAAAAGAAAAUGCGUAUAAAAAUGCUUUAGAACAAAUGGAAAUAGCUUUAAUUUUAUUUAAAAAUAGAUUAAAAAAUGAAGCAAUACAAUAUUUAAAUGAUCUUGCUAUUGAAUUUCGUCAGAGUACAAAAAAUCAAAUAUCAGAUACAAUCAAACGUACCAUACGUGAAAAUUUUUAUUUAAAUAAUCAAAUGGAUUAUUUAACAAAUCAAUUAGAAAAAUCGAUAGAAAUUAAUAAAAAAUAUACUGAAGAUAAUCAACAAUUAACAAGAACAGUUGCAAUUUUAGAAGAUGUAGAAAUACAAUCAGCUAAAAAAUAUAUUACAACAGAAAAUGUCAUACGAAUGUUAUCUAAUAAGUUAAAAGAAUGUAAAGAAGAAAAAGAAUGA